ACAGUAGGAGAAGUUUGUGGUGAAGAAGAAUAUUUAACAUCUUUAAAAGAAGCCGAAGAUCAGUUGGAACAUAAACAAAAUGAAAUGAAUUUAUUUUAUGGCACCUCAAAUAUAUAUGAGCACUAUGCGAAUUGGGCAGAGAAGGAAAAAAAUUGUCCAUUAUGUCAUCAUUCAUUCACAGGUAUAGAUAGCUUAAAUGAUUUCAUUAAAAGGCUAAGGAAUUUUGUAACAAAUCUUCCUGAAGAACAAUUAAACCAAGAACGAAAUUUAGAAAUUAUUAAAACAAGGUGUCAACGUCUUCGUGGACUGCAGCAAGAUUUUAUUGCUAUCAGACGGUUAAAGUCUGAAAUAUCUGACCUGAAUCAGAUGAUUGAAAAACAUGCACAGGAAUAUAGUGAGUACAAGAUUCAACUAGAUGAAAUUGAUGCCAAGUUAGCUUUAUCUCAAGAAAACAUGUUCAAUUUUUUGGAACUGGACAAAGAAGUACAAGAUGCCAUUAAGCUGAAAGCUAAUUUAAGUAGUCUUGAUAAAGAAAUUAAUAAUCUUGAGCCUUAUAUGAGAGCUUCGAACGAUUCUAAAAACAAAAAAGAUGAAUGGCGAGAGAAAGCUAUAGUGCUGAGGAAGGACAUUAAAGAACUGAACGAGAUUCGUGAUAUCCGAAAUCGAGAAGAAAAAAAUUUGCGGGAACGUUUGCAUAAAUUGGAAAUGGAUAAAUACAAAAAACAAAAUGAUUUUGAUAAUCGCAGUCAAAUUCAGGAGCAAAUUGAUGAAUUAAAUAAAAGCAUGAUCCUUCAAGAACGUGAACUAUCACCAUUAUUCGAUCAAAUCACGAAUUUAGAUAAUGAAAUUAGAGAUAUGGCGGCUGAAAUACAAGAAUUUCGUACGCGUAAAUCUGAAUCGGAAGAUGCGAUUAUGACAGAUCUCAAUAAAUUACAGACAUUCCACGAGAAUUUUACUAAAAUUGAACGAGAAAUCAUUGAAUAUGUUCAUAGUGGUAAACGAGAAGGAUUGGAUGAAUGCACGGAACAAAUUAAAAGAAUACAGCAAAGUACCACAGAAAAAACGAAUAAUUCUAACGAGUUGAAAGCAAAAUUACACCAGUUGGAUUUGAACAUUGGACAAACGCGUCAAGCAAAGAGAGACUUACAAGAUAACCGCGAUUAUAGAAAUCUGAAAGUUGAAAUCGAAAACCUUCAAAUAAAAAUAGAAGAUCUUCGUCAGCAGCUGGAAAGUCAAGGUUCAACCAAUUACGUUAAAAGGGAAGAUUUUUUACAAGCUGAACGAACUAGAAUCUCUUCUGAAAUUUCAAGUAUUACCGGGAAUAUGGAACAGAUAAGGGUUACAAUUAAUAUUGAUCGCGAUGAUCUUGAAACGCAAUAUAAGAAUAUUAAAGAAAAGUUCAAAGACCAAUGGGCAUUAAAGCAUGGAGAUCAAGAGGCAAUAGCUGAGAUCGAUAGGUUAAUAAGUGAAUUAGAUAACAUAUUAAUGAAUUACCAUACGAGGAAAAUGCAGGAAAUCAACUCUAAGAUUGACGAAUUAUGGGGGGAGGCUUAUAAUGGGGAUGAUAUCGAAAAAAUCGAGAUUCGUUCUGAGCAGGAGAAUGCACAAUAUAAUAGAUCAUAUAAUUACAGGGUUGUUAUGCAGAAAAAUAGCAAAAUACUUGACAUGCGUGGAAGAUGCAGCGCUGGUCAAAGGAUGUUAGCUUCAAUUAUUAUUCGAAUGGCUCUAGCAGAAUGUUUUAGCAAGGGUUUCGGCAUGUUUGUUCUUGACGAGCCAACUACUAAUUUGGAUGAGAACCAUAUUAAUAAAUUGGCCACUAGUUUAAGAUGUAUUGUGGAAAACCGUCGUAAUGAAUCAAACUUUCAGUUAGUUGUCAUCACUCAUGAUGAUAAAUUCGCGGAAAAGCUAGGCUUGAGAGAAUUGUCAAAUUUUAAAUAUCGCGUGGAGAAAAUUGAGAAUGGGCUCUCCACGAUUGUUAAAUUGGAUCACAAUAAUAAUCGUCUUUAA